CGGCGGCGGCGCAGCGCUGAGCGUGUGAGCAGUGAGCCCGGGAGUUGCCGGCCCGGCCCCCCCUCCCUGCCCUUCCCUCCCCUUCCCCUCCCCUCCGGGCCCCGCUCCACCGCUCCGACCCCUCUGUCAGAGCCCCGCCAUGGGCAAUGAGGCCAGUCUGGAGGGGGGAGCCGGGGACGGGCUGCCGGCAGCGGGCGGCCCCGGCCCCAGCCCCACUCCCGGCCCCGGCCCCGGCCCCGGCCCCACGGCUGGGAAGGCGCCUUCAGCACCAGGAGGUGGACAGCUCCCCUCAGUCGGAGCUGCGCGAGCGGCCGCAGCCCAGCAGCCUCGGGGUCCCAGCCCUGGCCCCGGUCCUGGCCCCGGCCCCGGCCCCAGUCCCGGUCCCGGCCCCACCGCCGACACGGCCAGCAUGUCGAGAAGACUAGAUCCUAAGGACCAUCUGGAAGGCCAGAGAGCGACUUCCCCUACUCCAAAGCAGGCGGGUGCUCCUAGCCAUGAAGGCCGCCGGCGGGAGAUGAGGACUCAUGGACAGGCUGGCCCACAGGUGGAUGGCCCCCACCGGACACUCCAAGUGGACAGCAGGAUGCAGAGAACAGGCCGAUCUCCCUCAGUGUCACCAGACAGAGGCAGCACCCCAACAUCACCUUAUUCAGUACCCCAAAUCGCACCCCUCCCAAGCAGCACCCUCUGUCCUAUAUGCAAGACAACAGAUCUCACCUCUUCUCCCAACCAGCCAAACUUCAACACCUGUACACAGUGUCACAACAAGGUCUGCAACCAGUGUGGAUUCAACCCCAACCCUCAUCUCACAGAGGUGAAAGAAUGGCUGUGUCUGAAUUGCCAGAUGCAGAGAGCUUUGGGGAUGGACAUGACCACCGCACCUCGUUCCAAAAGCCAGCAGCAGCUGUACUCGCCUUCCCUCUCUCCUGCCCACUCCCCAGCCAAACAACCCCAGCCACAGCCACAGAUGAAGCCUCAGCCCCAGCCCCAGCCCCCAACACAGGCACACAGGAAGCCUGAGCCAGAGAAAAUCCCCGGAACAGCCCAGCCCGGGCUCCAGCAGGGACCUAGUGUCCGACAGGCUGAAGGGCCCAGAACUCCUGUGGCACCAGGACAACGGGAAGCCCCGAGUCAAGGGCAGGCCAGACCCACUGUGCCUCAGGAAGCAGGGAGGGUUCCCCCUCAGACACAUCCUUCUCCAGCCAAGGGAGUAACUCCAGCCCCUGGGUCUGGGGCUCAAGAACAAGCUCAAGAAGGACUCACAGGGAAGCUUUUUGGCUUUGGGGCUUCCCUGCUGACCCAAGCCAGCACCCUUAUGUCUGUCCAGCCAGAGGUCAGUCCCCAAGGCCAGCCAUCUCCUGGCAAAGGGCCCCCCAAGAUUGUCUUCAGUGAUGCUAGUAAGGAAGCAGGGCCCAAGACAUCAGGGACCGGACCUGGACCCGGGGCUGGGGCUGGACGGGGCACUGGGCCAGCACCUGGGGCUGGACCCGGGGCUGGGCCUGGGCCAGUAUCUGGAGUUGGGACUGGGGCCGGCCCUAGAGCUGGGCCAGGAUCUGGGCCCGGGCCUCGGCCUGGGGUUGGGACUGGACCAAAAGCUGGUCCUGGGCCUGGCCCUGCUUCUGGACCUAAAUCUGAGCCUGGGUCAGGACCCGGGGCUCUUGGUCGGCCAGCGGGGGCACCUAGUCCAAAGCAAAGUAAGGCAGAACAUCAGGCCGCUCCCAAGGCUGUCCCCAAGCCAAAGGAAGUGCCGAAAGAAAAGGUCACCUGUCCACUGUGCCAGGCCGAACUCAACGUGGGCUCCCGGGAGCCAUCCAACUACAAUACGUGCACCACCUGCAAGCUACAAGUGUGCAACCUGUGUGGCUUCAACCCAACUCCUCACUUGGUGGAGAAAAAUGAGUGGCUGUGUCUGAACUGCCAAACACAGAGGCUGCUGGAAGGAAGCCUUGGUGACCCGGCCCCAGUGCCCAUGCCUACCCCAAAGCAGACACCAACAAGUUCGCCACGACACCAAGCCGGCCCAUCCCCUCAGAAGCAGAAAGGUCCACCUGCAGCCGGGCCAGGGCAGCCCGGAGGACCACCACACACCUCUCCCAGCCUACAGACCAAGCACCUCAGGGCAUCCGAACCCAGCAAGCCGCCUAGCGGUCCCCAGGAGAAAGAACCCAGCGUCCCAGCCGAAGCCAAACAAGUGCCGAAGCCAUCCCCUCUGCCAACCACGCUCACGGAGGCCCCAAAGACAAAGGAUGGGCCCAAAAGGGCUGAACCGCCUCCAGCCGACAGCAAGGUUGUCUCCAUCACGGAGGCCCCGAGAGGGAGCGAGCAUGAGGACCCAAGCAAGCCUUAUUCCCAGGACCUGUCCCGUAGUCCUCAGAGCCUCAGUGACACCGGCUACUCCUCGGAUGGGAUCUCCAGCUCCCAAAGCGAGAUCACUGGCCUCGUCCAGCAGGAAGAGGAGCAGCUGAACACCGCUGGAGUGGUGAAGCCCAGCCCGCCCAGCCCCUCGGAACUCAACAAGCUGGAAAGCAGCAUGCGGCCACUCCUGGAGGCCCCGGGCGGGGCCCCCGGGGAGCAGGCCAAGGCCCGCCCCCAGCCGCGGGACGAACCAAAGCAGAGACAGAGGCCUCGGUCUCUUUCCAUUACUCCCGAGGCGUUCGACUCAGACGAGGAACUGGAAGACAUCUUGGAGGAGGACGAAGAUUCCCUCGAGUGGGAGAACCAGAAAGACGCGAGGGACACGGCCGAGUCCUCCGAUGACUUUGGCAGCAAGCUGCGCCACGACUACGUGGAGGACAGCAGCGAGGGCGGCCUCUCCCCGCUUCCGACCCGGCCGGCAGACAGAGACGCAGAGGGUCCCGACGAAGACUUUAUGAGGAGGCAGAUUCUGGAGAUGAGUGCCGAGGAGGACAACCUGGAGGAGGAGGAGGCCGCCGACUAUGACCGGGCCAAGUACAGCUUGAGGAAAGCCGCUUCCAAGGCGGCCUCGGAGCAGGGCCAGGAGCCCGCUCCCCCCAAGAGGCGGCUGCCUCACAACGCCACCACCGGCUACGAGGAAGAGCUGAAGGACGCGGGCGCUCCCGAGCCCGAAGACGUGGCAGCCCUCCAGGGGGGCCUGCGCCGCUUCAAGACCAUCGAGCUCAACAGCACCAACAACUACGGCCGGGAGCUGGAAAUCAGCCAGGAGGCCGACAUCAGCCUGGACAGGGAGCCCGAGCUGGAGAUGGAGAGUCUGACCGGCUCCCCCGAGGACCGCUCCCGAGGAGAGUACUCGUCCACGCUGCCCGCCACCACGCCCAGCUACACGUCGGGAACCUCCCCCACGUCCCUGUCCUCCCUGGAGGAGGACAGCGACAGCAGCCCCAGCCGGCGGCAGAGGCUGGAGGAGGUUAAGCAGCAGAGGAAGGCCCGGCACCGCUCCCACGGCCCGCUGCUCCCCACUAUCGAGGACUCGUCGGAGGAGGAGGAGCUGCGGGAGGAGGAGGAGCUACUGCGGGAGCAGGAGAAGAUGCGGGAGGUGGAGCAGCAGCGUAUCCGCAGCACAGCCCGGAAAACCAAGCGGGACAAGGAGGAGCUCCGGGCCCAGCGGCGGCGCGAGCGCUCCAAGACGCCGCCCAGCAACCUGUCGCCCAUAGAGGACGCCUCGCCCACCGAGGAGCUGCGCCAGGCGGCCGAGAUGGAGGAACUUCAUCGCUCGUCCUGCUCCGAGUACUCCCCGUCGCCCUCCCUCGACUCCGAGGCCGAGGGCUUCGAGAUGGGCACCUCCAAGCUCUACAAGUCCGGCAGCGAGUACAACCUGCCCACCUUCAUGUCACUCUACUCCCCGACCGAGAAGACCUCCGGCGGCAGCGGCGACAGCAGCAGCAGCAGCUACUCUUCCGGCAAGCCCCUGAAAAGUGCGGAGGAGGCCUACGAAGAGAUGAUGAGGAAGGCCGAGCUGCUCCAGAAGCAGCAGGGGCAGCAGGCCCAGCCCGGCGGCAGCUACGGCGGCGGCCCCCGCGGCCCCGACCGGGGCCAGGGCAGCUUCGAAUACCAGUACAUCGAAGACUACGACUAUGUGUCCAGCCAGCUGGCCUCCUCUCAGCCCAGCUACGAGCCCGAGGCUGCGGACGCCGGAGCCGUGUAUGAGGAGAUCCUGCAGACGUCCCAAAGUAUAGCCAGGAUGCACCAGGCCUCUUCCCGAGACCUGGCUUUCCAGGAAGACAAGAAAGAUCGGGAAGACACGUACCAGGAGAAGCAGUUUCUGAACGCAGAGAGCGCUUACAGCGAGCUGAUGAGGCAGAACGGGGGUCCCCUGACCCCCGGUACCAGCCCCACCCAGCUGGCCGCCCCCAUGUCCUUCUCGGCGGACAGUGGGGGAAGUCGGGUUAUUCCUGACGUGCGAGUCACCCAGCACUUUGCGAAAGAGCCCCAGGACGCCCUCAAGCUUCUCAGCUCCCCCGCUUCUCCCAGCUCUGCUCUCAAGGGAGCGGGGGCUCCUUUCGCUUACAGCAAAGCCACCCCUCCAGUCACCACCGUGGUUUCUGGGACAGCGGGCAGACCGCGCGUUUACACGGCUGCCACUUCCCCUGCUGGCCCAGAGCCCGCGCUCCCCACCACAGCAAGCUAUGGCUCCCAGACUGAAGAGAUGCCCCAGGCUCAGGCUCUCCCCGACACCUGUGGGCUACCUGCUAGAGAGAGGCUUCAAAGCAUGGCCGACAGCAAGACCGGUGCCCCCUUGACAUCGAAAGUCUAUCCCGGCUUCAAGGGUGCUAGCCCACCGCUCUCCCCAACCUCUCCACUAGAGGGCCUUCCCUCUGCAAUCAGCAGAAUGGGGCCCAAGGCUACUGCGGAGUUCUCAACCCAGACCCACAGCCCACUCCUCCCCUCCGACGUGCCCAGGAGCCCUAUUUCCCCCACCGCAUCCUCUAUGGUAGCUCAGGGCACGCAGACGCCGCACCGCGCCAGCUCGCCUCGUCUCACCAGGCAGCAGUCUUCUCAAGAAUCUCCCUUCAUGGUCAUCACCUUAGCCUCAGACGCGGCCAGCCAGACUAAGCUGGUCAACGCAAGUUCUUCCACCUCACCGGUGUCCUCUCCGACCAGACACCAACCUGUAGUCCACAGCUACAGUCAGUCUGUCCAGGUCAACGGCGCACAGUUCCAGCAGGAACAGCCGCCGCACAGCUUCCCCAAGGGUGAGAGAACCCCCACUUCGAGUGCCAUUGUCCCCAUGAACGCUGCCAAGGGGCACGUGACCCCAGCCAUGGACGGCACGGCUGCUCUGUAUGGCUGGGGCGCCCUGCCCGCCGAGAACAUCUCCCUGUGCAGGAUCUCAUCGGUCCCUGGUACAUCCCGGGUGGAGCCAGGGCCCAAACCACCAACCAGCUCCGCGGUAGACCUGCGGACCGCUAUGAAAUCCACCCCAAUCAUCAUAACUGACCAAGGCAUGGACCUGACUUCCCUGGCCGCCGAGGCCAGGAAAUAUUGUCUCACCCUAGACCAGUCUCCGGGACGGCAGUCCACCACAGUCCAGCCUCUCAUCAUCAACCUCAAUGCCCAGGAGCACACUCACACCUUCAUUGGCACCUCCACCACCGUCAGCAUCACUGUGGCUUCCUCCAUGCUCGUGUCUCAGCCAAAGCAACCUGUGGUCUACGGAGACCCUUUCCAGAACCGGCUAGACUUUGGACAAGGGACAGGAAGUCCCGUGUGUCUGACCCAGGUCAAACACGUGGAGCAGGCGGUACAGACUGGUCCUUACCAAGGAGGGCCCCGUGGAAAGCCCAAAGAAGCCGGCAGUCCCCAGCAAACCAAAUUCGCCCGGUAUAACCUGCCCAACCAGAUGGCACCGUUGGUGAAAAAGGACAUUCUCGUUACUCAGAUGAGCGCCACGCAGAACGUCAGCAUCAAGCCAUACCCUGCAGAACCGAGUUCCGAUGCAUACCGGGGCACACCUGCAGACCUCAAAGCCAGUGUGCCCACACACCUUGCUGGGAAGAAACCUCACAUGAUGAUGGUGCAGAUGGAUGAUGUGACAGCUGGUGCAGUGACCAAGCUGGUCAAAGAAGAACCCGCCAGUGCUUUGGACCUCACUGGGAUCAAACCCGAGAGUCAGGUGGCUUGCUGUGAUGUGGUCUACAAAUUCCCCUUCAGCAGCAGCUGUACCGGGACAUUCCAUCCCUCCUCUAAGAUACCUGAGAAAAACGUGGUGGACACAGCCCAGCCAAGUCAGAGUAGCCUUCAGUUCUACGGGUCGCGCGAGCAGGACCUUGCUGAACCAUCCCCAUACAGGGAACAGGCUGCGGCAGGUCCCAGGCUCUAUGAGGAGCAGAAACUCUACUCCCAUGGCCUUAUGGGAAGGCUUUACUCCUCCAUGUCUGACACCAACCUGGCGGAGGCUGGGCUGAAUUAUUAUCCACACAAAAGCGACCAAUUCUUCCACCCCCCUGGGGGAGAUUCGGCUAUGGACCUCACAACCAUGAAGCACUCCUACAGCAUCGGCUUCGACGGCCGCUACCUGGGCCAGGGAAUGCAGUACGGCUCCUUCACAGACCUGAGACAGCCCCCAGACCUGAUGGGCCACCCGCUGCCCAUGAGAAGAUAUAGCUCGGCAUCCAACAUCUACUCCGAUUAUAGGUAUUCUCCACGAGGAGACCUGUCCGGCUUCCAGGAGUCCAGCCUGGCUCAGUAUAGUGCCACCACUGCCCGGGAGAUCAGCCGGAUGUGCGCUGCUCUCAACUCCAUGGACCAGUACGGGGGACGGCACAGCAGCAGCCCAGAGCUCUUGCAGUAUGGCCCCAGGCCUGGGCCUGGAGCCAGCGCCCAGCAGGGCCUGGCAGCCAUCAAACCCAACAUGAUGGUGAACCCGAACUUCCCCGAAAGCCGUCAGAGCUUUGGGAAGCUAGCCCAGUACAGUCCUGCCCCUGGGCAGGGAGGAGGGGCCAUCAGGCAGCUUUUCCCUUCAACUGCGACAGUAAGAGCAGCGGAUGGGAUGAUUUAUUCUACCAUCAACACGCCAAUUGCCUCCACUCUUCCCAUUACCACCCAGCCAGCGUCAGUGCUUCGGCCUAUGGUUCGAGGCAUCUACAGACCCUAUGGCCCAGGGAGUAUUACCCCUGUGCCUCUUGCCAGCCUGACCCGAGUGCCAGUGGUUGCCCCCCGGGUUCCCCUCAUGCCCCAGGGGAUGUAUCGAUAUCCACCCCCAAGCAGAUUCCCAGCCAUCACAACAGCACCUGGAAUUGACGGCCCCUUGUACCUGGGGAAGGCAGGCCCAGCUGCCACUGUGGCUGGGAGCAGCAUCGCCGCUGGGCCUGCUGGGAAACCAGUGGUGGCAGCAGCGGCAGGAGGUCUACAGAGAACCGAGCAGCCGCUGGGAGGCACUCGGGAAGAGCCCCCGGCAGCGGCUUCCAUGGGGUCCAAAGAGGCAAGCCCAGCCCCGUCCCACCUGCCCAGCCAGAAGCAGCCGGGAGAAGCACCCCCAGCGACCGUCCUGGGCAAAGCAGGGGGUGCCGAGAAAGAAGAGAAGGAAGAAGAGAGACAGAGGAAGCAGCAGGAACACAUGCUUCAGAUGGAACGCGAGCGGGUGGAGCUGGAGAAGUUGCGGCAGCUACGGCUCCACGAGGAGCUGGAGCGGGAGCGCGUGGAGCUGCAGCGGCACCGGGAGAAGGAGCAGAUGCUGGUGCAAAGGGAGAUCCAGGAGCUGCAGACCAUCAAGCACCAAGUCUUGCAGCAGCAGCAAGAGGAGCGCCAGGCCCAGUUCGCCCUGCAGAGGGAGCAGCUGGCCCAGCAGCGCCUGCAGCUGGAGCAGAUCCAGCAGCUGCAGCAGCAACUGCAGCAGCAGCUGGAGGAACAGAAGAGGCAGAAGGCUCCCUUCCCCCCGGUGUGUGACCCCUCUGGGAGAUUGCCUCCCCAAGCCGUCACGGAGAUCGCCCUGGAAAUGCAGCGCACCAUGGCCCCGAACGGCCAAUACUGGCCCCCAAUCAAUCAGGCCUUCAUGGCCACUGCGGCCAUGGGGAUGGAGGGGACAGGGCAGCCGAGAGAGCCAGGGCCACCGAGGCCCCUCCCCAACUCGGCCUCGGACAUGUCUCUGCAGACGGAUGAGCACUGGGAGGCCGGCAGAGGCCUCAAGAAGAGACAUUCGAUGCCCCGGCUCCGGGACGCCUAUGAAAUGGAAGAGGCCCAUGAGCCUUACGUCGUCAAGAAGAUCACCGACAGCAGUGUGCAGACCGACGAGGAGGAUGGGGAAGAGCGGUACUUUAUGUCUCGCAGGCGUCGGACUCGACGGAGCACAGACUGUAGCGUCCAGACGGAUGACGAGGACAACGCUGACUGGGAGCAGCCCGUCCGACGGCGUCGCACCCGCUUCUCACGCCACUCAGACUCAGUUUCUGACAGCAAGCACGACUCCUCCUCCUCGCCCAGGAGCAAGUCGAGUGUUGGCAUCCAAACCAUCAGUGACUGUUCAGUGCAGACAGAGCCCGACCAGCUGCUGAGGGUCUCACCCUCCAUUCAUAUCACCACCCCGGACCCCAAAGUGGAGAUUAUCAAAUACAUUUCGGCCCCAGAGAAGACUCAGAGGGGAGAAAGCUUAGCGUGCCAGACAGAGCCGGAAGCACAGGCCCAAGGGAUCGUGGUGCCUCAACUCACAGGGCCAGCAGCCAUCACCCCGUAUACCCCCAGCAUUCAGAUUGUCACAACCGGACCCCUGGAGCCCAGGCAGCAGGGCCUUGGGAAAUUCGAGAAGAAGAAACCAGACCCCUUAGAGAUUGGUUACCAGUCUCACUUGCCCACUGAGUCCCUUUCCCAGCUGGUAACCCGUCAGCCGCCCAAGUCCCCUCAGGUUCUCUAUUCGCCUGUCUCUCCCUUGUCCCCACACCGGCUCCUGGAGUCCUCCUUUGCUUCCAGUGAGAGAUUGAAUAAGGCCCAUGUGACACCACAGAAGCAUUUCACUGCCGACAGCGCCCAGCGCCAACAGACCGUGCCUCGCCCCAUGAAAACCAUGCAGAGGUCCCUGUCUGAUCCCAAGCCCAUCAGCCCCACUGCCGAAGAGUCAGCCAAAGAGAGGUUCUCCCUCUAUCAGCAACAGGUCCUCCAGGGCACUCAGAUGUCAGCAUUUCAGGCUAACACCCUCAUUCGAAAGGUGAAGCGGACGCUGCCCAGCCCCCCUCCAGAGGAGGCCCACAUGCCCCUCCCAAGCCAAGCACAUUCCCAGAUGUACAUGGCCAGCCUCCUGCAGAAGGGCCUGGUGGGGCCACCCGUCCAAGUGACCAAAGCCAGCCUACUCAAGGAACUGGACCGCGACCUCAAGCUGGUGGAGCAUGAGUCCACGAAACUGAGGAAGAAGCAGGCCGAGCUGGAUGAAGAGGAGAAGGAGAUUGAUGCCAAACUGAAGUACCUGGAGUUAGGAAUCACGCAGAGGAAGGGGUCCCUGAUGAAGGACCGCGUCGGCCGAGAUUACCCCUAUCUUCGGUGCCUUGGGGAUAACCGUGACUACAUGUCAGAUAGCGAGCUCAACAAUUUAAGACUGGCUGGCUACGAGAGCGGGGCGGUCCACGUGAGGCCUAGCACAGCACCAACCAAUCAGUAUUCUGAUUAUUCAGCCGCUCAGUACACGUCAGCCUCCUCCUAUCCUCCCUAUCAGUACCCGCCAGGGCAGGGUCCUCCCCCGGCCCCCACAGCCUUCCAGCACACCCGCUUCCAGCCUCCCCAGUACCCUGUGGGCAGUGCUGGCCCUGCUCAAAAUGGCUUCCAGGCCAACCAGGUACCCGCCUACCCAGCUCAAAGCACAUACCCAGCUCCUGGUUUCCCUCCAAGUGCAGGCUACCCCCCUGACCACGGUCUCCAGGGCCAGCAGAACUUCCGCCCUGCUCCCCACUACCAGCCCCAGACAACUUACCCAGGCCAAAUUCCUCACCCGCCUCCUCAAAAUGCCCUCUUCCCAGAGCCAGCUGACAGUCACGCCGCCCAUCAGAAGCCAAGGCAGACCUCCCUAGCUGACUUGGAGCAGAAGGUCCCUACUAACUAUGAAGUGAUUGCGGCUCCCCCGGCAGCAAUGUCUUCGGCCCCUUCAGAGCCCACAUACAGCACGCCGGCAGUGACCAGCAGCUACGACCAGUACAAGACUCCAGAGCCUCCCAGGCCUGGUGACCGAAGCGGUGUGAGCCAGAGCCCUGGGCCCACCUACUCCUCUGAGUCACUGUACACCAACCUGGAACAGAACAUUCCCAGGAACUAUGUGAUGAUUGAUGACAUCAGUGAGCUGACCAAGGACAGCACGCCCUCAGCAGCGGAGAGCCAGAAGCCGGAGCCCCGGCCCCAAGGCAGUAACGGGCGUCACAUGAAGGACAAAAGCGACCUGGGAGAACCUGAAGGCCCCAGUGCUCCCUGCUGCUACGCCAAAGGGGAAGAAGAGUCUGAAGAGGAUGUGUAUGAUCAUCACAGCGCUGACCACCGAGGAAAGAGCAGCUAUCACCGGAGCUCGGAGAGCAAUGGGAGGAUGUCAGGCAGUGGGGGCGGGUCCUCCUACUACUAUGGGGACAGCGACUACAGACACUCGUCUAGGCCAGAGAAACAUGGCUCCAGCAUGGGUGGGCCCAAGCACUCUUCCAAGAACCUGGCCCCGGCUGUCAUCUCGACGAAGCGCAGCAAGCAUCGGAAACAAGGCAUGGAGCAAAAGAUCUCCAAGUUCUCGCCUAUAGAAGAGGCCAAAGAUGUUGAAUCUGACCUGGCUUCCUACCCCACGACACCCUCGGUCAGCAGUAGCAUGUCCUCCAGAGGGAAGAAGUUUCAAGAUGAGAUCACCUAUGGCCUUAAGAAGAACGUGUAUGAACAGCAGAAAUACUACGGAGUGUCCAGCAGGGACCUAAUAGAGGAAGAUGACCGAGCAUACAGCAGUAGGUCCAGAUCAUCGGCCAGUUAUGGUGGCGAGAAGUCCAGCCAUGACAUGAGCAGCCGAGGCAAGUCCUAUGAGCGGGAGCGAGAGCGAGAGAGCAUGGAGAGGUUACAGAAAGCCAGCUCAAAGCCAUCUUCCCUGAGCAUGUCCCAGAGCCGGGGACGGCCCCCCAUGCGCAGCCAGGCCUCUGAGGAAGAAAGCCCCAUCAGUCCCUUAGGAAGGUCUGUGGGAGGAUCCCGCUCUUCAGGAGGGCCGCUCCCUUCAGGGGCUGGGGAUGGCUGCUCCCCCUUCUGCUCCAGUCACUCCUUGCCUGAUGUGCAAGAACACAUCAAAGAUGUGCCAAGGACCCACUCCUACAAGCAUGAGGAAGGUUACAUCCUGGACGAUUCCCACUGUGUGGUUUCAGACAGUGAAGCUUAUCACUUGGGUCAGGAGGAGACAGACUGGUUUGAUAAGCCGCGGGAAUCCCGUUCAGAAAGGCUCAGACAUCAUGGGGGUCACUCCUCCUCUUCCUCCUCCCAGAAAAGACCCCCUGUCAAACACACUUAUCAUGACUAUGAUGAGCCCCCUGAGGAGGACCUGUGGCCGCAUGACGAGGGACCACAGGGCCGCCAUUCUUCCAAAGAGCAUCGGCACCACGGGGAUUAUGGCCGGCACUCCUCGGGGUCUUCAUCUUCCCGCCACCAGGGGGAGGAGCCUUCUCGGAGGGUCUCGAAGCCACAUCCCCGAGACUCCGGCCGCCACGAAGGCAGACCUCACUCUCAGCCUUCUUCCCAGAAGAAGGCUCAGCAGGCUGACCCAAGGGGCCAGCCAUCCUACCCCAGCUCUCAGUCGGAAUACUCACAGCCAUCCCGCCAGUCAGCGGCCUAUCACCACCCCUCAGAGCCCAAAAAAGCUCUACGACCAAUACAGUCCGGCCCCUCGGCCCCACCACCCAAGUCUGAGCCUCUGGCCCAUUCACAGCCACAGCAAGCUAGGCAGCCUCAGUCAGGGCCUUCCCAGCAGCAGCUGCCUCCACAAUCGUCCAGGCAGCAGCAGUCACGCCAGCCCCUACCACAGCAGCAGCCGACAGGCCACGGGCCACAACCGACUCAGUCUCAGACACAGCAGACUCCAUCACAAACUCGACUGCAGCAGCAGCAACAACAGCAGCAAGGGAUGCCAGGGCAGCCUUCCUCCAGGGGCCAACAACCCCAGGCUGCUCAGCAGGCUGGCAAGUCAGUGCCAGGCCAUCCCCCAUCGGCAGGUGCCCAGCCUGCGGGCCCACUGAAAGCUGAGCAGCUGGACAGCUCCAAACCCACAGCCAAAGUGCAGCAGCAGCAGCAGCAACAGCAGCAGCAGCAGGGGAGGGUCCCCCAUGCCCAGCCACAGGGUGCUCCCGCAGCAGGUACAAAAAUAGGAGCAAAGCCUGGGGGAAUCCCACCAGCAUCAGGAGCCCCUGGGGGCCAGCCUGGGGCCGAUGGAGAGAGCGUGUUUUCCAAAAUCCUUCCCGGAGGGGCAGCAGAACAAGCAGGCAAACUGACUGAAGCUGUGUCUGCUUUUGGAAAGAAAUUUUCUUCAUUCUGGUGAUCCUGUGCUAUAGGACACUCUGGAAGAUGAAUGGAGAUAAAGUCAUUCCUGUGGAAAAACCUAUGAAGAAACUAAUGGAUUUCACCACAGCCUAGGACUCUGCGUAUAACACAUCUGAACUCAUGGCAAACCCUAGGCUCAGUGACACAAACAGGACACGGUGGAUGCUUUCCCAGCUGGAGCUGCCAGAGUGAGGCAUCUGCCUGGAAGCCCCCCAAGGAGUGUCUCCCUUAGAACCGCUCUCCAAAGACAGUGUCCAUAGUGACUCAUCCUGCUCUCUGGUGAGCAGUGGCUGGAACGAGCCACAGUCAUUCUCGGGGAGACUUUUCUUGAGGAAAACUUGCCAAAGGUCCUGGUUGGGACUGUCCAGAAGCUUGGGGUUCCCACUUUGCCCUUGGAGAAGACUCUUGAACCUCCAAAGGCAGUGCCCCUGCCCAGUGCUCCCCCUUGCCAAGUGGAGCCUGGCGCAGGGCCCAGGGGCCUUUCCUUCAGGGUUAUACACAGAGUUCCAGCUCAUGCCGACUGGGACUUCUUCACUCCGGGGCCUUCAAAGGUUUUUCCACAGCCUUGGAGAUGGGCUUUGAGUUGAGGGCUGGGAGCCAAGUGCUCCAUUUCCUUCACAUUCCAGUUGGCCCCACAGCUCCCUCUGCGGGCACCCUGUCCUUGAUGAUGGAACGCGUGCAGCGAGGGACUUGUGGGAUUUAGAAAACUUAAAAAAAAAAAACCACAAAAAAAACAACAAAAAAAAAAAACAAACACUAGGACCUAACACUGUUUCAUUAUUGAAAUAUGAGGCCAUAGGACUCUGCAAGGCAGCAUGUGCACUGGCUGACUUUUCCCCAGACAGAUGGUGGCAGGCCAAGCGUGUCUGCCAGCCACCUUGAAGCCAUCACCAAGCCAUUGUAAAACAUCCAAGUGGCGAUGCUUUCAUAACAACCAUCUCCUUAUUUUACCUAUGCCUGAAGAUUUCUUUUUAUUUCAAAAGCAGCCUUAACCAUUCCAAUUUUAUUUACUUGUAUACCUCAUAAGCAUUUUUCUUUCAUUUUUCUUUCCUCUUCCCUCAUCUCCCCUUCUCACCCCAUCCCCAACCACUUUUUUUUAAACUCCUUCCCCCUUUACUCUGUACCUGGUUAUCAUGGGGUGUCCUCUGUAGAAGCAAUAGAGUGCAGUAGACUACAAGAGCCCCACGAGGAGGCAGGAUGACAUCAGGAGAGGUCGCCUCUGCCGUUCUCCUUCCUCUUACUGUGCAAUUCAAGUCCUUCUUAAGCCAUUACCAGUGGGCGUGCUCAGAAAUUUAAAAACAGAAAAUUUAAAAAAAAAACACAACUGAAGCCCAUGUGGUUUGAGUUGCCACUAGGAAGUUCCUCGAACCUCUGGCAUGGGAAGCGAGAGGGAGCCGCAGUCAGCAGCUGGUGAGCCCAGGGUAGGUGUCCUGGUUGUCACCGGGAUGACCGCAUUAAGCCAGCCGCCCUCGCCUCAACGGUGUUCCAGACAACCAACCUGAUGGUCCCGUACAUUGGAGCUUCCCUUCAACCUGAGCAACAGCAACAAGUCUCAUUUCUAACGUUCUAUGCAAUGAAAUACAAAAAACAAACAAACAAACAAAAAAAAAGACAAAAAAAAUUAAAAAAAACAACAGAACACACUACACCUGUUAAUAUUUAAUAAACUAAAUGUUCCGUAUAAGAAUUUAAUUGCAAAUGUGCUAUGGAGAAACUGGAUGGAUAUGUUUCUAGCUAACACCUGUGUGUGUGAAGUUUUCAAUUUGUGGCAUGUUCGACCCAUUCGAAGGACGCGUCGUUGCCAAAGGGUGACCCUGCUGCUGUGACUGUCUCCUGUCCUAGAGUAGAGCAUGGCUUGCUACCUCUUUGCACGAAUUCAUCUACUUUAAAUGCUUGCCGUACUUUGCUCGGGGUUCUUUUUGCCUCAGUCCCUCGCCUAUGCUUCUUGUCGACAUAUGCACUUGUAAUAGAAGGAUUGUCUAUGCUAAUGGGAAAGGUGCCUCUAGUCCGCAGCGAGGUCCUGAGCCCUCCCACCUAUGCUGACCUACCGAUGACCUACCAAUGACCUUUCCUGUAUCCUUUCUCCAGAUCCCAAGUCUCAACAUGGAAAUGAGUCUACCAGGUCUUGAGCCCCCAAAACCCACUAUGCUCCUCUUCAGUAGAUCAUAGGAAUUAGAAUGGGAAAGGGUCUUUGAGAUAAAUCUAAUCCAACCCCACCACCACCCAUUUUAUAGAUGUGUCAGCUGAGGGCCAGAGAGAAAGGAGGCAGCAACUUGACCAAAGUCACCUAGGAAGUAAAUAGUAAAGGUGGGAUGUGAGUCUGAGUCCUCUGAUACAUUCAGUGCCCUUCUCAUUACACUGGUCUUCCCAAAGAACCACCGCUACCACCACCUCCACACAUAGACCAUAUACCCCAAUGCCAUAGCAGAGACAGUACCGUAAGCCUUGAAAUGGAGAAGAUAAAAAGCAAUUCAGAAGAAAAUUUGAGCAUUCUCAGAUAUCUACUGUAGAAUUUCUUUAAAUUAGCUUUCCUUACCUCCCUUGACCCCCAGUUGUGAGGCUUCCCCAAAGACUGUGCCCAGGGCUUAGAAAACUGUCUAUUCAUAGUAAACUGGAGCCUUUGGCCUCUUUGAACCUCAAAACCCAAUAUAGCUACAUUGGCUCAGGGCUUCAGGGUGGGGGUGGGGGGAGGCCUGGAAACCCAUUUUCCAAAAAAUGGAUUUGAUACCAAUGGACUCUAGGUUAGGAUUUGAAAGGUUGUUUUGUUGUUUGUUCCAUUGUGGAGCGGUCUGUCAUACCUUGGUUUUACCUGUGCUGCUAAAUCCUGACUAAAGCAGGCCAUCCCUAAAAGGGGAUGGACCAGCUAGGGAGCUAAAAUGAGUGCAAAACCUCAGAUUGCUCCACUCCCCCUCCCCCAGGCAGGGGUAGGACUCAGAAUUUGGAAGCCUCUCUUAGCUUUGAUCAAAGAGAGACUCUCUAGGAACCUCAGCCCAUAGCUAAAGCUGUUUUUAAAAAAACAAACAAAAAAACUUUCUAAGGUUGUAGAUAGAAAAGGUCCCAGAAUGAGUGGGGGGCAAAGGGAGUAAUCCUUGGCAUUUGUAAAGACCAGUGUUGGAGCUGCUGACCUUUGGGAAAGAAACAAAGACAAUCCCGACUGUCUGGCUGGGACCCUUGAGGGCUUCUAGAUUGGUGAGGUGCCAAGCUUUUCUUUCCCUAGACCACCAUUUCUAAGGCAGUACUGAUGUCUCCCAGGCCUUGGGAAGUUCCCAGGGGGCCCAGGCUCAUCCAAGUCAUUGAGCCCACAGGCUAGCUUUUUCCAGAGCUCUUCGGGGUGUACCAUACAUUUCUUAGGAGCUCCUAUUUCUUACAUUUUUUUCUUGGCAGCUCUAGGAUUCAGGAGGGGAGACCUCUCUCUGUCAUUUGUCUCCAUCAGAGCCCCUAGGCCUUGAAGCCUCCUUGCCUAGAGCCUCAUUUUGAUCUGGUUCUCCCCAAGGAUAGAUUCUGGUCCCUCUGAGUCCAGAAGAGCCUUGGUAAGCUAUCCCAAGGACUUCCAAAGAGUUCAACUCAUCUCAAAGGGCCGUGCUUCUUAGCUGGUAAUUGGGUGGAGGAGACCUUCCCAACCCCCAAGUCAGCAGGGACAAAUGGCUGCGAGAAGGCUACUUCUUAAUGGGAAAGAAUGAAACAUUAUUAGGCAGGAGAUUCUGUGUGGGAAGACAACAGGGAAAGGGACCUGCUUUUCUCCUGUCUUCAUUCUCACUAGAGAUGGACAACAAGGGUCUUGGUGGCCUUAGCUCUAAGAGCAAUUGGUAGGUGACUCCUGUGGUGAGCAAUUCCCAGUCUAGGUAUUGUCUAGUCAGCAUUCACGUUAGGGAUACCCUGGCCUUUCCUUCUGCACUGGUGUUCUUAAUGGCAUCUGCCUUUUAUUUGAUUCUCCUCAUUGAAGUAUGGAUUGGAAUGGAAUGGAAUAAACCUUUAUUAAGCACCUACUAUGUGCCAGGCACUGUUCUAGGCACUUUCCAAAUAUUAUCACAUUUGUAACAAUACCUCUCACGGACAUGGCCUCUUCACAGGAGCUCAGCUCACCUUGCACGUAUGAUCUUUUUCUAAUUCUCCACUAGAUGUGUGUAAAGUAGGGAAGGGGAAAUAUUACUCUCCCUGCUUUCCUGAUGAGGAAACUGAAGCAGAGAGUUUCGAUCACUUGACCAAGACCAAACUACAAGGUAUGAGCAGAGGGUUCCUUUCUGUAAUAAAUCCUUGCCCUCUAACCCUUCUUUGUCUUGCCUGGACUAUGUGUGAAGUGAGUCUCUGCCCCAAACCCAUCUCUCCUCUAAGCUUUCAGAUGGCACCUAAGACGAGGCUCUUGGCCGGAGAGCGUUCUGAUAACUGACUGAGAACUUUCUGCGGACGCAGAGAAGGGCCAUCCACCUGGAGGUCAGGAUGACCCUUUGGACAGUUCAGAUGAAGGCGCUUAGCACAAGCGUAGGGAGGCGUGUCCUGCUAAGACACCAGGUCCAAGUGCUAUGGGAACAUAGCUUUCCAAUGGGCCAAGAAUACUAGGGAGGUCACUGGAGUAGGAGGUGGGGAGAAGAGAGAGCAGGCAGGGUUCUAGAUCUCUUCUGCCUCGUGGGCAGGUAUUGGGUGCUUCCACACAUGCUUUAUUUGUACUGAGGGCUCUGUCCACCAAUGGAAAGCUAGCACACUCUCCAUACUUCAUCUUUGACAGUCCUGGAGGCUACCUCCACCAGGCAGCUUCCUCUUUGGAAAGCACACGCACUCACCACAGCCCUGCUGUCAAUAGCUUUUGACCCCUUUGACCCCUCCCCAACCCCAGAGACAAUCAUAGAACCUUUGAUCUAGAAGGGGCUCUAAUCCAACUCCCUCAUUUUGCAGAUUGGGAAACUGAGGCUGAGCGAGCUGACACAAGUGAUCCUAGAACAUGAAAUCAGUUGGUGGCAGACUUGGAACUAGGAUCCAGAGUCCCUGACCUCCACACUGCCUCAGAGAGGGGAGACAAUGUGAGCUUUUCUGAUCAGGCACUGUCCCUGGAGGGGAGGUUAUCUGAUAAUUUAAUAACAUUUAGAAACAAGCAAAAGCUGAGAAGUCAAGGAUGGCCAGAGAUCUUCAUUCCUUAAGUAUCACUAGAUGCACCCAUGUUCUCUGUCCCCAGGGUCUUCAGAAGCAGUGGCUUCCCCUUCAGGACCCCCUCCCCAAUGGCCAGUAUUUCCCCGAGAGCCACUGGCAUGACAAGUGCAUACAGUCCGACGUCCUCCCAGGCCCUGUUCCCCCAUGGGUCAUCUCUCUUGGGGUCACCAUGACCUGCUCUCUCCAUUCCUGGCAUGUAAAUACAUUGUACAGUGUAUAAAUCUCACGUGGCAAGGAGAACAAAACUCAAACUUCAACUUGUGUUGGGGGGUUCACUUCACAACACUAGCACACCUUUUGCUUUGAUGUACAAAAAAAGAAAGCCAAUACUUUAAUGGGUGUGUGUAUGUGUGUACAUGUGUGUGCGCACGCGCGCAUGUGUGUGUGUGUGUGUGUGUGUGUGUGUGUGUGUGUACAUAACAGAGAGAGAGAGAGAGAGAGAGGAGAGUGUGGGGGAGAGAGACUGCCUCAUUUAGCCCUUCGGAUUGAAACCCACACUUCUUCUGCCUUUCCUCUAACCUUCCCUUCUCUCCUCCCUCGAGUCUGCUCUUGUCCCUCCUCUCUUCCCCUCUCCUUUCCCAAGGUAUAGCAGUCAACUGUAGAGUUCUUCCGCUUUUUCCAGCCCCUUCCACCCGGUGGCUUCCAUGCCUUUUUCGGGCUACUCCAUUUUGGGGCGAGGGAUUUUUUUGUCGUUGUUGAUGGGACAGGGGUGGGGGUGGGGGGGUUGUACAAAGUCAAACCAACAAGUUUACAGUUGUAAGUGCAAUGACCUAUGUCCUCUAUCUGAACAUUGUAAAUCGUGUGUCUGUCCUGCUGCGCCCUGUGAGAACUCUGUAGUAUUUCAAUGUACCACCUUCUGUAUUGUGACUCAGUAUGAGAUAUUGCCCCUACAAGGUAUUUCUGUGAUCACAGAAUAAAAGGACUUGCUAUAAAGCA